AUGGUGUAUUUCUAUGAAUCAAAACCAACUGAGUAUUCAGUACCCUACCAAAUUGUAACCGGUAAAGAUAAAUUUGAAAACGAUCUGCUAAUCAAAUGGAGCUAUAAAGAGUUGAAUUAUGUUUGGUUUCACGCUGAUAAGUACUCAAGUGGUCAUGUUUAUUUAAAAUUACAUCCACAUGAGAAAUCAAUUGAUGAUGUACCCCAAGAAGUAGUACAUGACUGUUUGCAGCUGUGCAAAUCAGAAUCGAUUCAAGGAAAUAAAAUGCCACAAUGCACCAUCUUGAUCACACCCUGGCAUAACCUGAGGAAGAACAAAUACAUGAAUCCUGGUGAAGUAUCUUUUAAAUCUUUAAGACAGUGUAAAAAAAUGGAAUGCGGAGCAAGAGAUAAUAAAAUACUAAAUAGAUUGGUCAAGACAAGGGUAGAACUAUUUAAUAAUGUAGAAGCUACACUUAAUGAGGCAAAGAAGACCAAAAAUGCUGAAUUUUUUGUAAACUAUAUUGACUCCAAUAGGUUGAAUCUUAUUGAAGAUGAAAAGCUAAGAAGGCUAGAGAAAAAGAACAAGAAGAAGAAGGCGAACGAUGACUUCAUAAAAGAUACACUGCUGGAAACGUGA